AUGGGACUUCAAACUCCACCUUGCAACAAGCACAAGGUGCAGCCCAUCCUCAAAGCUAAUAAUGAUACUGAUGAGAAGGAUAUUGGUGAUCAGGAACAGCUUGUAAAUCCAAGAUCACCACCACAUUCAAAAAUUUCCUCAGAUGAAACUUACGAAGCAUGGAUGGUUGAACACCCAUCUGCACUAGGUUCAUUUGAUGGCAUGAUGAAAGCAGCAAAGGGGAAGAAGCUUGUCAUUUUUUUAGACUACGAUGGCACUCUCUCCCCGAUCGUAAAUGACCCCGAUAGCGCAUUCAUGUCCGAUGAGAUGCGUGCAGCAGUUCAUGAAGUAGGAAAGUAUUUUCCAACUGCUAUUAUCAGUGGGAGGAGCAUAGACAAGGUGAAAAAAUUUGUACAAUUGAGUAAUGUAUACUAUGCUGGAAGCCAUGGAAUGGACAUAAUGGCACCACCAAGACCUGUGAAGGCCAAUGAUGGCAAGCACCACAAUGUAAACACUGAUAAGAAGGGAAAUGAAGUGCUUUUUCAACCUGCCAAGAAGUUUUUGCCCGCGAUUCAGAAGAUUUUCACAGAAUUGGAGAAAGAAACAAGGAAGAUACCAGGAGCAAGGGUAGAGGAUAACAAAUUUUGCGUUUCCGUGCACUUUCGACAGGUCGAAGAACAGGAUUUCAAAAUACUAGAGGAGAAGGUCAAGUUAAUACUUGAAAACUACCCGGAAUUCCGCUUGAGUUGGGGCAGAAAGGUUAUGGAAGUAAAACCUGUGAUAGAAUGGGACAAAGGUGAUGCCCUGGAAUAUUUUCUGGAGACUCUAGGGCUUAACAACACCAGCGAUGUUCUUCCAAUGUACAUUGGAGAUGACAAAACUGAUGAAGAUGCUUUCAAGGUCAUCCGGCGUAUCGGCCAAGGGUACCCAAUUGUUGUAUCCUCCAUUCCAAAGGAGACUGAAGCUUCAUACUCUCUGCAUGAUCCAUCAGAGGUCUUAACUUUCCUGUUACGUUUGGCAAGGUGGAGAAAAUCCUCUCUCUCUAGUCGAUCGGUUUCUCAAAUAUGGCACACCGAUCACGCAACCUUGUGAGUGGGAGUGAUCAGGAACUAGCCCUCUAUAAGAGCACAUAUGUUUUGCCAACUUAUGCUUCAUGAGGGGGUUGUUUAUUAUAGCAGAAAAAAUAAAACAGAUAUGGGGUACAGGUAGUUGAUGUAGUAGGAGGGAGGGUUGGUCUUCAGAUAAGGCAAUGGAGACUAGAGAGUCCUAGUUUGUUGUUUUUUUUUUAUGCAAAUUAGGGCU